AUGACAUGGCCACAGCUGAAAGGCUUUGUGCUUCUCACCAAGUUCCCAUUCCAACAUGCUCUGACAGCAGCACUUCGAUCUACACCUACAGCCAGGGUAUCCAUCCUCAGCUCUUGCCAAGAAACGUCCGCCACAAAUCCAAAGGGCACCAUUAGAUUCGUCAUGGUUGCAUUACUCUGGAACAUUGCAACCGCCGCCUUUCAAUGUGGCCACUAUUGCCUGACUCGACCAUUGGCGAGUACAGGACUAACACAGCGACAAAGGGCCAACAGCUUGUUCCAAAAGUCGUUAGAGUUGUAUCAACAGGUUGUAAGCUUUUGCAAUGAUGCCGGUGGCAGUCCAUGGGUCAACAGACCUCGUACCUGUGUCUUCUUGACGCUUGCUGCCAUGAACAACAUUUCAUGUGUGUGCCUAGAGCUUGACAUGGAAUCCGAGUCCAGGCAAGCCCAAACAGAGUUGGCUAAUCAAAUCAAAAAGUGUGCAGCCACUGAAAGCGGCCAGUUGUUGUCUACAGAGCAAACCGAGGCAGUCAAUGAGUUUUCACUCAAUACCACAGUCUUGUCCAUGUCGAAUUUCACGGCACGGGCCGCCUAG